AUGACCAUGAACCUCCGCCAAAUAAACGCCCACAACCUCUCCACCUUCCGCCACCACUAUGUCUCCGAGAUCUCCGGCUCCCUCGGUGACCUGGGCACAUUCCUCCCCAUCGCCAUAGCCCUAGCCGUCAACAACACCGUCUCCCUCUCCAGCACGUUAAUCUUCUCCGGCCUCUUCAACAUCCUCACCGGCGUCUUCUUCGGUAUCCCCCUUCCCGUCCAACCCAUGAAAGCCAUCGCCGCCGUCGCCAUCGCCCGCAGCUUCAGCAACGGCUCCAUCGCCGCAGCCGGCCUCUUCGUCGCAGCCUUCAUCCUCCUCUUCAGCAUAACCGGACUCCUCACACGCUUCGCCAACGCCAUCCCCAUACCCAUCAUCAAAGGAAUCCAAGUCGGCGCCGGCCUCUCCCUGAUAAUCGCCUCCUGCAACUCCCUCCUCAGCAACCUCUCCUGGCUCUCCCCCUCCUGGGCCGACAAUCGACUCUGGGCCCUCGCCGCAUUCUGCUUCCUCCUCUCCACCACCGUCUACCGCACUGUCCCCUACGCCCUCUUCGUCUUUCUUCUCGGCCUCCUCUUCGCCUUAAUCCUCGCCUCCCUAGCCUCCGACCUCCCCUCCCUCUCGCUCUGGCACCCCUACACCGUCCUCCCCACACCCUCAGACUGGGCCUCAGGCAUCUUCGACGCCGGAAUCGGCCAAAUCCCCCUAACAACACUCAACUCCAUCGUCGCAGUCGUCCACCUCGCCCAUGAUCUCCUCCCCACCCACACCAACUCCUCCCACCUCAACGUUACCUCCAUCGCCCUCAGCGUCUCCGCCAUGAACCUCCUCGGCUGCUGGUUCGGCGCCAUGCCCGUCUGCCAUGGCUCCGGCGGCCUGGCGGCCCAGUACCGCUUCGGAGCGCGUUCCGGUGCCAGCAUCAUCUUCCUGGGUGUGUUCAAGCUCGUGAUCGGCGUGUUCUUUGGUGAGUCGUUGGUCGGGUUGCUGAAAAGGUUUCCGACGGCUUUGCUGGGCGUUAUGGUUAUUGCGGCGGGGAUGGAGUUGCUUAGUGUGGGCGAGAGCUUGAAUACGACGGGAGCGAGGGAUAUAAGGAAGGCGGUUGCGGGUCAGGCCGGGUUGACCGGGGAGGAUUUGGGCCCUAUGUUGAGUGAUUUUGAGAGGAAGAAAAGGUGGAUGGUUAUGAUGGUUACGGUGGGACUGUUGGUCGGGUUUAAGAAUGAUGCUGUUGGGUUCUUGGGGGGCUUGUUGUGUCAUUGGGCUUAUGGCAUUCCGGCCGCGGUGGAGUGGGGGGCGAGGAGGUGGAGAGAGGGGAGAGUGAGGUUGGAGUAG